CACUACCCCUCGUCUCCUACUUUUUUUUUUUUUGUUUUUUGUUUUUUGUGUCGUCCGUCUCUCUUCGAACCAGUCCCUAACCCUAACCCUAACCCUAGAAUUUCCGGUUUUUACCAUGAAGAUCGUGACGUACAACGUGAACGGGCUUCGGCAGCGUGUGGCCCAGCACGGCUCCCUCCGCCGCCUCCUCGCCUCCCUCGACGCCGACAUCAUCUGCUUCCAGGAGACAAAAUUGUCGAGACAAGACUUGUCUGCGGAUUUGAUAAUGGCCGAGGGAUAUGAAGCUUUCGUUUCCUGCAAUCGUGCUUCUUGUAGAGGACGCACAGGAUAUUCUGGUGUUGCAACAUUUUGCCGAGUCACUUCAGCAUUUUCUAGCCAAGAGGUAGCUUUACCACUUGCGGCAGAAGAGGGCUUUACAGGACUUCUUGAGCGUUUAAGAAAUAGGGAGAUAACAAGGGAUUUCCUCCUAGAAACAGCAGAGAAGCUGGAGGAUCUUGAGGAUAUAACAAAUGAGGAUUUACUAAAGGCGGACAGUGAGGGGCGCUGCAUCAUCACCGAUCAUGGAUAUUUUGUAAUUUUUAAUAUAUAUGGCCCGAGAGCGGAACAUGAUGAUGAUGAACGAGUCCGUUUCAAAUUGAUAUUUUACAAGAUAUUACAGAAAAGAUGGGAAUUUCUCUUGGCUGAGGGAAAGAGAGUUUUUGUUGUUGGUGAUCUCAAUAUUGCUCCUGCUGCUAUAGAUAGGUGUGAUGCAGAACCAGGCUUUGAGAACAACAUGUUUCGGAAAUGGUUAAGAUCUUUGCUAAGAGAUUAUGGAGGUUCCUUUUUUGAUAUUUUCAGAUCAAAACAUCCUGGCAGAGAGGGAGCGUACACUUGUUUUUCGCCACGCAUUGGAGCUGAAGAGUUCAAUUAUGGUUCCAGAAUUGAUCAUAUUCUUAUGGCCGGACCGUGCCUGCACCAAGAUCAUGAUCUAGAGGGCCAUAACAUUCUAAAUUGCCAUGUGAAAGACUGUGACAUAAUGGCUCAGUUUAAAAGGGGAAAUUCCGACAAUACCCCAAAGUGGAAAGGUGGGAGGACUACCAAACUAGAAGGAUCUGAUCAUGUGCCUGUUUAUGUUGUAUUGAGUGGUCUACCUCUUCUUCCAGUGCACAACACUCCGCCUCUAGCCGUGAGAUAUAUCCCUGAGGUUCGCGGAUGGCAACAAACUAUUGUGUCAUUCCUUGUGAAAGGACAAACAUCCAAACAUCAGCUAACUUCAAAUACAUCAUCAGUCAAGAACACAGCAACUGAGAAUUGCAGUGAAUGCCCAACAUCAACUCAAGAUUGUAGAAUAACAUCCAAGCAUGAAGUUGUACCUGGUGCAUCUCGCUUCUCUUUAGCUCAAGAACUUCCUAACACAAAUUACAAAAGAAGAAUUGAUCCAAGCAUCGAUGACGAUUUAAGAAUUGAUCCAAGCAUCGAUGACGAUUUAAACCUCAUUCUUAGCAAUUCUGAAACAACCAAAGUGAUGGUGGAAAGUGAGAAAGAAGCCUCCUUAUCUCCUUGCAAGUUGACAGUGAAUAAGAGGGCUAGAAAAACUGCAUCUUCUCAACUUACAAUUAAGUCCUUUUUUCAGCAACCCAAGAACACUGGUGCUUCACUUCCUCCAUCAGAUUCUAGAAAAGAGGGUGAUGAAUCACCUGGCAAAAUAGAACCAAAUAGAAAUCAAAGUAAUCCGGAAGAUAUUGAAAGCAGUAGCUGUUCAAUGCGCAAGGACAAUAGCAAUGGAUCAACUGUUCAAGAUCAGGGGAAUGGAGAUCAAUGUUGUUCUCUGAAAACGGAGAAGGAUAAUUAUGCUAGUAGGGAGUGGCAAAGAAUUCAAGAUAAAAUGAAGAUGAGCUUGCCACUCUGCAAACGACAUGGUGAGCCUUGUGUUCCGAGAUCCGUCAAGAAAGGUCCCAAUAUAGGUCGCCUAUUCUACGUCUGUGCUCGUGCUCAGGGACCUGCAUCUAAUCCGGAAGCAAAUUGUGGUUACUUCCAAUGGGCAUCUCUAAAAUCUAAAGAGAAACGAAGGUGAACGAUUUGCCGGAUUUAUUUCUUCACAAUUUCUUCACUGCUAACUCAAUGGCACCAAUAAAUUCGCUGCCUCAAUUGCCCCAGUAAGUUAGCAUCACUCCUUUAUUUCAACUUUAUAUGUAUUCUACAACAUCACCUGUAUGGUUUGCCCCUUUGUUUCAUCGAGCACACAUAUAUGAGGAUAGUAUUUUUUGUUUAAUGCUUGUAAAUUCUGUUGAAAUAAACUGUCGGUAAAUAUUGUUCAUUAGGUUAAAAGAUUACCAUCGCGGCGACAAUUUCUUGGGUUUGUGCAGAAUAUUUCAGGCUGACCAAUAUGUGGCCAAGAUACUGAGAGCUCCCUGCUUCUGUUGGGUUUGCAUCUCUUUAUCAAUUGCGACCAUCGGCAAUAGAGCGAAUUUUGAUGAAAACAGAUAUGGUGAGGUGAAAGAAAUCAGGAAGUUCAUUGCAGUGGGAGUAGCUUACUCCCACAGUCGAUAAUUUUAGCUCUGUACAAAAAAAAUGUAGGCAAUCAUCUACCCAAUUCCUCCAGUGAAAGAACUUGUGAGGAGUGCUUGUCUUUUUCCUUCUUUUUUUUUUUCCCUUGCUGUUAGUUUUUGACUAUGUAUUGAUUGCAAAAUAGCUUGUAGUAGUAGACACUAUAUAUUUACUGGUGUUUAUAGCUGUUCUUUGUUUACUCAUUGGCCGAGAAUUA